GGAGGGGGCCGCGGGGAGCCCCCCGCCCCCCGAAGGAGGAGUCUGGCUCCCACUUGCUGCCUCGGACGCGCGGCGAGGCGGCCGCCGGAGCAGCCCCCGCCCCGCUCGCCUCCCCCCCGGAGCCGGGCCCCUGCCUCCCUCCGUGCGCGCUGCUCGCGGCCGCGGCCGCCGAAGAGGAGCCCGGGGCCAGUCUGUUCCCAGGUCCGGCGCGGGACCCGGCGGCGGCGGCGGCGGCGGGAGAUGCCCGGGCGGCCGGCCGAGGCCCAUGUGGCGCGCUAGGUGGGACCCCGGCGUCCUGAAGGCCGAGGCCCUGGCCCUGCUGCCCCGCGGCCUGGGCAUGGCGUUCUCCCAGGCCCACGUGAUGGCCCCGCGCCGGCACCAGCACGGGCGGCUCGUCGUCGAGGUGGACGAGUACAGCUCCAACCCCACGCAGGCCUUCACCUUCUACAACAUCAACCAGGGCCGCUUCCAGCCUCCGCACGUGCAGAUGGUGGACCCUGUGCCUCACGAUGCCCCCAAGCCGCCCGGCUACACCCGCUUCGUCUGCGUGUCCGACACCCACUCCAGGACAGACCCCAUCCAGAUGCCGUACGGCGACGUGCUCAUCCACGCCGGCGACUUCACGGAGCUGGGCCUCCCGAGCGAGGUGAAGAAGUUCAACGAGUGGCUUGGCAGCCUGCCCUACGAGUACAAGAUCGUGAUCGCCGGCAACCACGAGCUGACCUUCGACCAGGAGUUCAUGGCCGACCUCAUCAAGCAGGACUUCUACUACUUCCCGUCCGUGUCGAAGCUGAAGCCGGAGAACUACGAGAACGUGCAGUCGCUGCUGACCAACUGCAUCUACCUGCAGGACUCAGAGGUCACGGUGCGGGGCUUCCGGAUCUACGGCUCCCCGUGGGUACGGUGUCAUGGCGGAUGGGACCACCACCUAUGUGAAUGCGUCCGUGUGCACCGUGAACUACCAGCCCGUGAACCCACCCAUCGUCAUCGACCUGCCCACGCCCCGGAACUCCUGACUGCCCCCGCUGUCGCGGCCCUCCCACCCGCCGCAGCUGCGUGUGCCUGGCUGAGAGCACGGACCCCCGCCGCCCCCUUCCAUGCAGACAACCCGUCUGGCCGCGGGGACCAGCCCCGCAGGUGCAUCGAGGCCUUGGAAUGAAGCACCUCACCCCUGACGCUCCAGCCUCUGUCACCUGGAGUCGGGACCCGUGGGUCUUGGGGGUUCUGUGUUUGUUGCUGUUUCCGCGUGGAUUCCGUGUCCCUCGGUGCAGGACCGACCAGCGGUGGCCUGUUGUGCUGGGGAAGGGCCUGCGCUUCAUCCUUCGCCGCCGGCCGCCUUCGUGGGGGUUCUGGACGGACUGUGGAAGUUCUUGCACAAAGCCUCCCUCUAGCCAAGGGUCCGCGUGGCUGCCGCGUGGCUGGGUGGGUGGGAGGUUGUAUCGUCGGGACGAGCAGCCCUCCUCCGCUCCCAGGCUGCAGAGGAGGCGCCCUGCUGCGCCGCGCCCGGGAGUGUCCGCAACGUCUCGGGAACGCGACUGCCCUGGAGGCCGGCGCACCGCGGCCCGCGUGGCUCUCGUGGUUCCCGUGGUUCCACCGCGGCCCGCGUGGCUCCCCUUUGCUCCUGUGGGCGUCUUUGCUGACGCUCACUCGCUCGGAGCCUGGGUGAUUCAGGGGGGUUGGUUCUACAGAACGAGCCCGGGACCGGCUGCAGGGCUGCCAAGCCACGGACGAGGCCUGGUCCCACGGGGGCUCCGCUGGUCUGCAGAACUCGGCAGCCUGGAGGGCCCACAGGCCGAGGCCACCCUGCCACGCGUGUGCUCAGGCUGGCGUGCACCGUGCACACGCAUGCACACACAUGCACACCCCUCUUAAUUUAACGAGCGGAUCCCAUGCUUCUCAUUGCCGUCCUCGAAUGCCCCCCGCCGUGGGUUUCCCUCAUGCUGGUGGGAUUCCACCCGGCGCGCCCACAGCGGAGGAUGGCCGAGUGGGUCAUGGACCUCGUCCCAGCGCCAGCUGGCCCAUAGCGGGAGGUGGCACGUGACAGCACAGGCCCCGGGCACAGGGGUCUCCCUUUUCUUUUUAAAAAUCAGGACUGGGGGGGGGGGCCUUGGGCUGAAUCUCUGAGGGAGGGGCAGCCGGCAGGGCCUGGCGGGGAGCGGCGAGGGAGGCAGGGUGGGCACGCGCAGCCUCAGGUCUGUCUUCGUUUAUAAUUUGGCUCUUUUGUUCAUCAUGGAUGUUUUUGCAUCGACUUUGAUUUUUAAAAAUAUUGCAUUAAAAUAGUAUCCAUUAGCGUCCUCACUGAGGUUUUGGGUAACCCCUUAAAUUGUGCACCCGAGAGGAGAGACCGACUCGCCUCCCCCCAGUCCCAGCCCAGGAACCAGCAUGUAAUGAGCCCUUUGCUGUUACAUCUCAGUCAAGCCUGCAAGGUGGGUACUGUUGGUCCCAUUUUAGAGAUGGAGAUAGAGCCCAGAGAGGGAGGUAACUUGCCUGGGGCUGCACAGCUCAAAAGGGGCAGAGGCAGGAUCUGAACCUUGCUUUCCCCUCCCCCCCCCACCCCCCCAACGCUCCACCCUGCAAGGCAAUGCGUGUCCAAGGUUCUUGUUUUUGGUAACUUACGGUCCCGUUUAGACCUGUCUGGUUCAUUUCUCAUGGCGCCCCGCAGCCCUGAGGGUGCUGUCCCCGCAUCCUGGCAUCCCCAAGACCCGGAUUCCUUCCUACGCGGGCGAGGCUCCCUGUGGGGCUCGGGGCACCGUGGGGGCAGCCACACCGCACUGGCCCAGGUCAGCUUCGCGCUUUGGGGGCAGGGCUUCAGGAGCCCUGUUUGGCCCAAGUGGUUCCUGGCGGCUGGGGUGUUCACGAGGUCCCGGGGGUGCCCCAGACGCAUGGCGUGUGUGCGGAGUUGGGGGGGGGGGGGAGACACAAGGCCCUUUCAGUUGCCUCUACUGCAUUUCUAUGUGGACCAAGAUCUAUAAACUUAAAAAAAAUUUUCCUAAAGUAUCUUCAGAAUAGGGUGUAUUUUUAUGUGGAGAAGACGUUACGAAGGCAGCUGUUACUUUAAGAGAAAAUGCAUUAGAAGUCCUUGAGCUACGAGAGCUGAUGCGUGCUCCUCAACCAUUUUGGCAUACCUUGAUUGUGGCUGUAAUUUUUUUGUCAAGCAUGUCAGACAAUAAAGUCUUUGUAAA